GCCGUUGUGGGCGGGGCGCUUGCCAGAGCCACGCCCCCUCGUCCUAGUUACCUGCGUCAAAGGCUGAGUACCUGCCUGGUUUUUGGGUCAGGAGGGUGACACACCUGUGCUCAGGUGCAGCGAUGGACCUCGUCCUGUCCUGGGCUGACAGCUUGGUUUUGACGCCAUAUGUUUUCCCUACAACGUGGACAGAAGAUGAACCCUUUCGGCAGCUUCUCAGCCUCUUUGUCAUCACAAACCUCGGGGCAUUGGUCAUUUAUCUGCUCUUUGGCAGCCUGAGCUACUAUUUCAUAUUUGAUCAUGAGCUCAAGAAACACCCACAGUUCCUGGAGAACCAGGUGCAGCGGGAGAUAAAGCACACGCUCAAAUCCUUGCCGUGGAUCAGCAUCCCCACUGUUGCCAUCUUCUUCGCUGAAGUUAGAGGCUACAGCAAACUCUACGAUAACAUUGAAGACUCUCCGUAUGGUUGGUUUGGUGUUAUCUCCAGCAUGCUGUCCUUUCUCUUCUUCACCGAUAUGUGCAUUUAUUGGAUUCAUCGGUUCCUCCAUCACAAAUUUUUCUAUAAGCGUUUCCACAAACCUCAUCACGCUUGGAAGGUACCAACUCCCUUCGCCAGCCACGCUUUCCACCCUGUCGAUGGCUUCCUCCAGAGCACCCCGUACCACAUCUACCCCUUCUUCUUCCCUCUGCACAAAGUGACCUACUUGGGCCUCUACAUCUUUGUCAACAUUUGGACCAUCUCCAUCCACGAUGGCAACUAUCGCGUCCCGUCCUCACUGAAGGAGGUGAUCAACGGCUCAGCCCACCACACCGACCACCACUUGUAUUUUGAUUACAACUACGGCCAGUAUUUUACACUCUGGGACCGGAUUGGAGGCUCGUACAAAAACCCUUCCGCCUUUGAGGGGAAAGGGCCCCUCGAUGCCUUGAAAAAGCUGAAAGAGAGCAACUCAAACCAUUUGAGGGAGGAGAAGAUUGCAGGAGAUAUAAGUAAAGAUAAAUAGCCUCCUCUUCGAAGGCAGAAUGGCAUAUGAAUAGCAUUCCCCUCUCCUUAGAGCAUCACCUGAUGAUGAAACGAAGAUAAUCUCAAUUGAGGACCAUGCUUGGAGAAACAGAAGCAGCUGACUUCGCUUUUGAGAAUGACUAUAUCUUGGGUGGUGUGUUAAUUUCAACAGUGUUCCUUGCUUGAUACAUUGGAAGUGAAACUUGACGUCAUCCCCUUACCAUUGGAAUGAAAUUGCGUAAUGCUAAUGUCCCGAUCCACUGUAUAAUGCCACUGCUGGGACUCCAUGCUUAACAGUAGUUCGCUUAUAAUUCCAGCUAAAGUUACUGUUGUGCAGUUAAGUGGACUAAACAAAGAGGAAGGUCGGAUGAUAGAACUGAAGCCAAAUGUUGUGAUUCCUCAAUUCGUAUAUUAUGGAUCAACUGAAGCACAGCUUGUUGCCUUUAUUGGAUGGGUUGCCCGUUUUCUGAAUGCAUAGUUCUAUUAAGGAGUAAUAGUUUUAUGCAGGGCACAGUAUCUCCAGACUGAUAUUGUAUGUAUUUUUAAUUGUUAGGUGACUAUUGUGCCACCAGUGUGUUGGAAUGCACACUUGUUGGGUAUUUUAAUACCCCUUGCUCAAGAGUGGAAAUACGGAAGUAAAGUAUAGGAAACAUAGUUGCUUCCAUAAUAUGUUCAGGAUCUUGCUGGAAGUUAUGGUGUUGCCUUUUGACAUUUGUUUAUUUCAGCCAAGGCAGACUAACCAAGGAUUAUAAGAGAGUUUUGCGACCCAAAACAGCCAGUUUUCUGUGGGUCGUACUUCACAACAUAACACUUUUGAGCUCUGUUUGAGUUGUUGUUGUUGAUUUGAGUUAAGAAAAACCUAAGUGAGGGUCUCUUUGUAGCAGUGGUUCCCAAUCUGUAGCCCGUGGGCCACCAGUGAUCUGCAAGAACGAAAAUAUGGUCCACGGCCUCACCAUUACUAUACUGUUGCCUCGAAACCAUGCGGUAACGAGAGUGACUUGUCAGUGGCAUCGGCCGCACAGCAAGGCAGGAAACAGAUCGAUCACAGCCACUUUAGGCUAUAAACUGCUUUAUUUUACAACUAUAUACAUUAGAAGCUACUUAAUACUCAGCACAUCGUAAACUUGCUUCCUUCCCGACCGAUAGUAACAUUGCGACCACACGAACAGUCUGUUAUCAGUACUAGUCCACACCUCUUGCAUUCCAGAGUGACGUAUGAUGCACGAUGCACAACGCUGCAUCCAUUUGCUCUAUACACUUGAUUUAUGACCUCUCUAGAAAUGCCGUUCCCUCCAUGGUUCUGUUAACUCUUUCCACACAGGAAUACACUCGGCAAAAGCUGCUGCAUUUCAAACAUACAUACAUACUUGCAAACAUCUCCAACAUGACUCAUCUCACAAAACCCUCUUGUAGUGCCGAGGCAACAGGUAUGUGGGUUGACUACCCACAAAAGAUUACUACUACCACAUCAGCUCUAGAUUAUUAAAUAUGGUUAUUAUGGGCAAGCAGAUGGUGACUACUGGAAGGCAUAUGGUCUGUAUCAGAAACUAGAGUUGAUGUGGUCUAUCCAAUGCAAUUUUCUGAAUCAGCACACCAAAUAACCAAACCAAAUCUAAAGUUGACCAAAAACAGAGUCGUAACCCUUUUGGUACUAAUGUUGGAGAAUGGUCCCUGGUCAAAAAAGGUUGGGAACCACUGCUUUGUAGAGUUGGCACCACUGCUUUACACACUGCCAGUAGCUGCCCUAUUUGCUCAGCUAAAUUUAUCAGCACAUUUAUUUCAGUAGGGCUUUCAUAGGAACAUCCCAACAGAUUUUCUCAAGCUUUUCGCUUUGUCUCCCUUCCGCUUGUGUCACUUUGAAGUCUAGAAACACUGAAAAACUUAAUUGAAACAGCCAAACAUCCACUCUGCAGCACUCUUCUGGCUUUGAUAAAGACAAAUGCAUUUUGUCGAGUUCUAGGAGGCAAUACAAAAAAGAGUUUCUGUUUGAUAAUUAUGUCUUCUGAAGGCUGUUCACACAAGUCGGUUGCGGAAGCUGUCUUUAAAAAGUGUUUCCAAGAGAUGAAAGCGUAACUGCUAUUAAUAUUAUGUGCUCUUACAAAAUUAACUGCAGUCAAUGAGACGGAAGAGUGUGUUCUUGUCUUAGGAAGUUGUGUGUAUUUUUUUUAUAAAACCACAGAAGGAAACUAGAAGUUAGGUAUGAGUUCAUCAAUAAAUGGUAGAAUUAAUGCACAUUGACCCCAUUCAAUGCUUUGGAGUUGUGGGAGUUGUAGUUUUACGAGGAUUUCAGCCUUCUCUACCAAAUAGUGCUUAUGCCUCACCGAACUACAAAUCCCAGGAUUCCAUUGAGCCCCCGAUGGUAGCGCAGUGGGUUAAACCCCUGUGCCAGCAGGACUGAAGACUGACAGGUCGCAGGUUCAAAUCUGGGGAGAACGCAGAGGAGCUCCUUCUGUCAGCUCCAGCUCCUCAUGCAGGGACAUCCCACAAGGAUGGUAAAACAUCAAAAAACAUCCUGGUGUCCCCUGGGCAACGUCCUUGCAGACGGCCAAUUCUCUCACACCAGUAGCGACUUGCAGUUGCUCAAGUUGCUCCUGACACCACAAAAAAAAACAACUGAGCCAUGGCAUUUGAAGUGGUGUCAAACCACCAUUAAUUCUACAGUGUAGAGCCAGCAUAGGUUCUGUUUCACCUGGAACUGCGUUAUUCUUUUUCCUUUUUCUGAAAAGGCAGAUAACAGGGCACUCCAUACAUAAUUUUGGAGAAAGUUCUGAAGAUAUCUAUCUAUCUGAAUAUAUGUUCCUGGACUUAGCAUAGAAACAGGAAACUGAAUAACAGCUGAGUGAUUUCUUCCAGAAGUUGCCCUGGAGGACCCAUAAACUCAAAAAAACAGCCAUUCUCUCUAGGAAUUUGCUGGGUCCUACAGCAUGCCUCUAUCCCAGCUUCUGGCACAUCAUAGAAUCACCUGAAGGAACCUAACAAAUUCCUGAAGACGACAAAUCUCAUUAGAUAUGAGUAGGUGAAACGAUGGGUAACAUUCCCGCUGCUACAAGGAUUAUAAUGGAUUCUUCCUUUAUAUCAGUGGUUCUCAACCUGUGGGUCCCCAGAAGUUUUGGCCUUCAACUCCCAGAAAUACGAGUUGGCAAACUGGUUGGGAUUUCUGGGAGUUGUAGGCCAAAACACCUGAGAACCCACAGGUUGAGAACCACUGCUUAACAUCAUCUUCCCUCUUCUGUUCUGGAAAAGUAGAUAAGGUCUCCAAUACUGAUUAGAUAAGGUCUCCAAUACGGCUACUACAAUCCAAUAUUUCACCAAAGUCUGGACUACUUUAAAAAAGUUCAUUCUCAAAUUUGCAGAUGGAAAUGUGUUGUCAGGAAUUGAGUGGAAAGACUAGCCAGCAAAAGUACCUUCACAGCACAUACCUAGCUGCUUAUACAAGCUUCCAGAAAAUGUAUGGCUGCUACAUAGCUCCAUGUAUCAUUGAUGUCCUUAUGGGAAACCCAACAGAAGAACCUUCCAAAUGUUGGAUGCUAGCUUUUCACUUCAUUCGUACUCUUAACACAGAAUAAUGAGUAACUUCCUUGCUGGAGGAUCUGAGCUUACUCUAUCCAACAUGUCCAGAAUUGAGAAUUUUUCUAUUCCUAUCUCCCAUGGCAUGGAAAUACUGCAUCCCAAACCCCCAGAGAUAUAAAUCAGGGAGUUUGAGGGACCACAAAUUGGAGCUCACCAGCAGCAGAUCCAGAUGAUUUACAUAUUUGGAUUCUUCUUCAGCUCCUCUUCUUCAGAGCUAAAGCUACACACUCAUAGUUUGUGUUUGACUCAGAGAACUAGGAGUUGAUGAAAGGAAUUGCUGGUGCCACCAUAUAAUUCUUGCCAUAGAUAUGCCUAUUGUGUUGGUUUGGAGCAAACAGGACAAACAUCAGGAGGAACCUGAUGGAAGGAUCUCUUUCUUCAUGCAGAAGAAUUUCAGAAACUUGCCCAGUCUCCUACUGUUUGUGCCAAAGGAUGACGUUUGCCAAAAGGAUUUGGUCCUAAGGAUCUGGACCAUUUUGGCUUUGACUGUUUGAUUAGUCAGAUAUUCAAACUUUCUGAAAUGGAGAAAGAUAGUUUUGUGUGCUCUUAUUUGUUAAAUGAAUCUUAUUUCCAAAUGUUUGUGGAUAAGGAUUGAUCUCUUUGUCUAUCAUUAAUACUAAUGUGGGGAAAAUUUUGCUGAUAAAUAAAAUAAAAUAGAAACUU